AUGGAAGACCCUAAUGACAAGUUUCAAUCUUUGAAAACUGUCAAUGAUUUGCUUGUCAAGGAGGCAAAACAACGCAGACAACAAGUUGAAUCUCUGGUGAAAGCUAAGGAGGCUUUGGAGACUGAGCUGGCUCUGUAUUGUAAGGAAAAGAGUGAGUUGGAGAGUGAGUUGGGUAAAAUCAGUGAUGAGAGGGUGAGUUUGGAGAUAGAAAAGGCGCUAUUUUGUGUUUUUAUCGAGACCCGGAUGGUUGAAAUGGGUAGUUUUGUUGGUGGUCUGGUGAGAGAGAAGAGAGGGAAGGACAAUGAAAUUGGGGCCUUGGAGAGUGAGGUUAAGGGGUUAGUGAUGAAUGUUGAGACUGAGAGAGAUAGAUUGAGUCGGGUUUAUCGCGAGAGGGAUUUGUUGAAGAGUGAUGUUGAUAAUUGGAUGAAGGGGGCUGAUGGUUUGAAAGAUAGUGUGGUUGAAUUGGAGAAAAUGGAGAGGGAGGGUGAGGAAGAGAUUGAGAAACUUUAUAAACAAUAUGCUUUGUUGGAUAAGGAAAUGAAGGACGGAGAGAAAGAAAUUGAGGAGCUUCAAAGAUUGAGAGGUUUGGCUGAAAAUAAUUUGGUGCAGAAAGUGAAUGAAAUUGAGGAUUUGAAGAGAGAGAUUGGACGGAUUGAGAAGGAGAGGAACGAGAUUGCUGGUGAAAAAAGUGAGCAGAAGGUGAAGAUUGGUGAGUUGGAGAGAAAAGCAGGGGAACUUGAUGAGAUUGUAUCAAGUUUGCAGAAGGAGAAGGGAGUUUUGAGCGGAAAAGCUAUGGAAUUGGAGAAGAGUUUGGGGCUGGCAUUGGAGAAGGAGAAUGCAAUGGAAAGGGAAAUUGAUGGUUUGAUGGAAGAGAAGAAGGAAAAAGAAAGGACAAUUGUGCGUUUAAUGGAGGAAAAGGAUGAUGACUGUAAAUAUAAGAUCAUGGCUUAUGCUGAAAUUGAGGAUAAGAAAGGAUUAAUUGAGGAAUUGUUGAGAGAGAAGAAUGAGAUUGAGGAAGUGAAAGUUAUUAAGGAGGGUGAAAUUGUGAAGCUGCACGAGGAGGUGGGUCAGCUAAGGGGUGAUAUUUUUUCAAUGCAAGAAUCGAUCAAGGAUCGAGAAGAUAAGAACAAACAAGUAGUUUCUGAAGCCAGUCAUUAUAAAGAUGCUUUUGAGAAAGUAAGGCUUGAGAGGGACACUGCUCAAAAAAGUUUAGGUGAGGAGAGAAAGAACGCCAUGAACUUGAGGUCUAAAGUUUUGGAAAUGGAGAAGAGAGUUGAAGAAAUUGUGGAGGAGCGUGCAAAGAUGAAAAACGAGCAGGAGAGUCUGGUCUCGCAAAAGAAGGAAAUGGAAAGCCAAGUUGCUACGUUGGAGAAGGAAAAAGAUUUGUUACAGAAACAUUUCACAGAAGCAGAAGGGAAAAUAGAUGAGUUGAGGACCAAAAUGGAAUCAGCUGGUACUAAUUAUGAUAGAGCACUAGCCAUGCUAAAGAAUACUGCUGCAUUGUUAUGUGAAUCAAACAAUGUUAAAGAAGAUAUGAUUGUCACUGAAAAGAUGCUUAAUGGUGAAAUCGAACCGUAUGCAAGUAAGCUGGAAGUUAUUAAGACUGCAUUUAGUAACAAGCAGACAGUGGUGGAGGAGAUGAAGCAACAAUUAGAAUUUCUGCAGAAUUCUGUGGCAAAGGCGGAUAAGAAGAAUAGCCUUUUAAGUAUGUUGUCUUCAGCAACUACAGUUGUUGCUGCAGCAGUGUCUCUUGCAUAUGUUGCUAGAUUACGUUGA